CGCGGGUAAUGCAGCAUACAGCGCUGUGUGAGUAGUCUGCCAAAACAUAUCCACCGGCAAAGACGCGUCGUCUGACGCCUGCCGUCGAUCGCGCGUUCUGCGAGCGUCGACAAAGUCCUCUUCCACCCACCAAAAUGUCCAUGAACAUCUUCGGAGCAGAGGCCACAGAAGAGAAGGCGGAGAAUGCUCGUCUCUCGUCCUUCGUCGGCGCUCUUGCGCUCGGCGAUCUUGUCAAGUCGACCCUCGGUCCCAAGGGCAUGAACAAGAUCCUCCAGUCCGGGUCCACUGGCGAUAUCAAUGUCACGAAUGAUGGCGCAACCAUCCUGAAAGCGAUCCAACUCGAUAACGCCGCUGCAAAGAUCCUCGUGAACAUCUCGAAGGUGCAGGACGACGAGGUUGGCGACGGCACAACCAGCGUUUGCGUUCUGGCUGCGGAGCUGCUGAGGGAGGCGGAAAAGCUUAUUGCGAUGAAGAUCCACCCGCAGACGAUUGUGGAGGGCUUCCGGAUCGCGAGUGCUGCUGCCCUGCAGGCGCUGGAGAAGGCUGCGAUUGACAACAGUGCGGACCCAGCACAGUUCAGACAAGAUCUGUUCAACAUCGCACGGACCACCCUUUCCUCAAAAGUCCUCUCACAAGACAAGGAAUACUUCGCCAACCUUGCGGUCGAUGCGGUUCUCCGACUGAAGGGCUCAACAGACCUCGACCACAUACAAAUUAUCAAGAAGGUCGGCGAGAAGCUGACUGACUCGUACCUCGAUGAAGGAUUUAUUCUCGACAAGACCAUCGGCAUCAACUGCCCAAAGCGGCUUGAGAACGCCAAUAUUCUCAUCGCGAACACCUCGAUGGACACGGACAAGAUCAAGAUCUUCGGAGCGCGUGUGAAGGUGGACAGCACUGGGAAGCUCGCCGAGCUCGAGCGUGCGGAGCGGGAGAAAAUGAAGGCGAAGGUGGACGCGAUCGCCGGGCACGGCAUCAACUGCUUCGUCAACAGGCAGCUCAUCUACAACUACCCCGAGUCGCUCCUCGCGGACAAAGGCAUCGUCACGAUCGAGCAUGCCGACUUUGAGGGUGUAGAGCGGCUGUCCCUCGUCACCGGCGGUGAGAUCGUGAGCACGUUCGACCGCCCGGACUUGGUGAAGCUCGGCCGGUGCGAGCUCAUCGAGGAAAUCAUGAUCGGCGAGGACAAGCUCACGAAGUUCUCGGGCGUCGCCGCAGGCGAGGCGUGCACGGUUGUGCUCCGCGGCUCAACGUCGCAGAUGGUCGACGAGGCGGAGCGUUCGCUGCACGACGCGCUCUCCGUCCUCUCGCAGACGGUAAAGGAGACGCGGACCGUGCUCGGCGGUGGCUGCGCGGAGAUGCUCAUGAGCGUCGCAGUCGACAACGCCGCGCGCACUGUCACGGGCAAGAAGGCACUCGCCGCGGAGGCCUUCGCGCACGCGCUCAGGCAGAUCCCGACGAUCCUUGCGGAUAAUGCAGGGUACGACUCGAGCGACCUGGUGAUGAAGCUCCGUGCGGCUCACUAUGAAGGGCGGAUGGAUGCUGGUCUUGACAUGAACGAGGGCACGAUCGGGUCGAUGAAGGCGCUAGGUGUCACGGAGAGCUACAAGCUGAAGCGGCAGGUCGUGAUCAGUGCGAGCGAAGCUGCUGAGAUGAUUAUCCGCGUCGAUGAUAUCCUACGGGCAACGCCGCGGAGACGUGAGGCAGUAUGAGAAUGUGAAGAGGACGAUGUGGGCUGCUGACAUCUGGUAUCAUCAUCAAAAACUGUACACAUACGAGACAGGCUAAUAGACCGUGCGUGCUCAUCCUCAGCUGGGACCUGGAAAGG